AACGAUUACCGGACCUUCCGUAGAAGUAAGGUAUCCCAAGCACAAGAGAAGUGACAGUGAGCUCUUUGUUGUGUGGGCAAGGAAUAUACAACAGUCGGUUUCGUUUGGCUGGCGUACUCCCCAACCGCCACACCCGCACAAUGCCCCUCCCCGACUCAAUCACCAAUCUAGGUGGCCCCACAAUGGUGACCUCAACACCUUCCGGUACCACGACAGCUUUACCUCCAUCCACAGAAGACUCAAUGCACAGCUCUUCCCCGACGCCUUUCCCUGGCAACCGUCCGGGGGGGCGCGGGCCGAAGCGAUCACAGGGGGCAACGUCGACUCGUACGCCACGACGACCCACGGAGGCCACCACAACCCUGCAUCAAACUUCCGGGAUCCCGUACGGUCACGUGCCGGCGUAUUUGCCAGGGAGUGCCAGCCUCGUGGAAGAACUAGAUCAACGCGUUCUGAUUGUCCUGCGGGACGGUAAGCACGUAGUUGGGACGUUGGUGAGUUAUGAUCAAUUUUCCAAUCUCAUUCUACACGAAACCGUCGAACGUCGCAUGAAGCGUUGUCGUGAAACAUCCACCGGUAUCGUCACCUACUAUGCCGAUGUACCUUUGGGGUUGUACGUGGUGCGGGGCGAUUCUAUCGUCCUCUGUGGACCUCUCGUGGACGAAGACGACAUCCCGGCCAUCAACGCGUACGCGGGAAGAGGGGGGCCAGGAAAUCACCACUCCAUGCAAAAGGUGACCUUGGAAGAACUGGCGGAAAAAACGGCCGAUUCAGCCGUCCAAUUGGAAUGGGAUUUUGAUACUGAUUUGAUUGCGUAGUCGUCCAGAUACACCUUGUCUAAGAAUUCAACCUCAAAUACUUAACUAUUUGACCGUGAAAGC